UAAAACAGUAUCGAACUAUAUUACCAUUAAAUACUACCUCAACAACAACAACAACAACAUUGACUACCAGUGCCGACACCACUACUAUCGCAACCACUGAGAGGUCCGUCCGCUGUCAGCACUCGGGUUGCGAACUACUGUUCAAAACGACAUUCACAAUGAAAGACCACUACAAUCGUAUUCAUCGAUCGGAUACCUAUGAAUGCCAAUGGCCAGAGUGUACGGCGGGUCGUUUUAGCUCACGUCGCGAGCUCAAGGUUCACGUUGACCGACAUAUGGACAAACAGAAUACGUUAGGCAAACUUAAGUCGGCACUGGCCAGUGGACAGUAUACACUACGGCCGAAUAGUUCAAAUCAUAAUAACUGCAAUAAAAUGUAUUCCGCCGUUAUCGCUGCGAAUAGCAAUGAAAAAUUGGGCUUCAAGUGCAAGCAUGGGGACUGCAAUUUUAAUCAUAUCUACCAGUACCUGAUGAGACAACAUUACGCUACACACUACACCAAAACCAACAACAACACCAACAAUGGUAGUCAAUACCAGUGCGAUAUUUGUGGCAAAACGUUUGCCCUUAAGAUCUAUGUUAGACACCAUCAGAAUAAAUAUCAUCGAAAGCUAAGACAGAAGUCGAAGUCGAAGCCGAGACUUAAGAAUAAUUCCGAUAAAACAAUUGUUGUACAAAACAAUAGAAAAUUGCGGCCAAAAACCAGUAGUCGUAGUCAUCGAUCAUCGGCUCAGAGACCACUUGCAGAGUCACAAACUACUACUACCAGUGCCAACAAAGUUACUAAUAAUAAUAAUAGUAAUAAAAGAAAACGGUAUUCAUUGCGUACAAAACUAAAGCCAAAAAUACCGGCAACAGUGGUAUCGUCGUCGUCACCGAAACAACAGAGUAGUCCGAAAAAAGUGGACAACGAUAACGGUGGUGGUGGCGGCGGCUACAGCUGGAAGUGUCGACACAAUAACGGCAACUACAGGUGCUCCAAGACAUUCACCAGCAGUGCAUUGCUUGAAAAACAUAAGACAGAGGAACAUAUGAUGAAUAGUAGUCCAGUCAUGGUAUCAUCGGUUCCGCCGCCGCCCACUCCGGCACUGGCAUGCAAUUGGAAGGGCUGUACAAAACGUUUUGACAGCCAAACAGAACUUCAUUUACAUCGACGUUCGCAUAACCGUAGCUCACGACUGACCUAUCAGUUGCGUACCGAUAAACCGUUGGCCCGAUCGCGACAGCUGUCGUUGGCUGACCCGAAACGGUCGCCGUCAUCAUCAUUAUCGACGGCGGCGGCGGUGGCGGGAACACUGAAGGGCCGAUAUCGUUGUGAUUACGAGGGCUGCAAUAAAAGUUAUGCAUUCAAAGAGACACUCUAUUUACACUCGAAAAGCCAUAAAAAUAAUAACUAUAAUCUGAGAAAAUAG